GUAUGUGGGUACUUAGCCAAAUAUAUUAUAUUAGCUAACAUAUAAGUGGGUAGCACUAGAUUUCUUUGUCUCGAUUAAAUACUGUAACGAACGGACGUGUGUUAUUUCUGCAACCCUUAGUCGGACGCCACCCCCUUCAUCCCUAUUUCUCAGUGGCGACGAGUCGUUCGGACCUUUUGUGCGUGUACUGUGCGUGUUGUGUUGGUGAAAAAAAAAAAUAACAAUGUCAAUCGGCAAAAUAGGCGAGUUUAAGAUCGCGUCGGACAAUUGGCGGUUAUAUGUAGAACGACUUGAACAGUAUUUCUUGUGUAACAACAUUAAAGCUGAGUUGCAAGUGCCUACGUUAGUGACCGUGAUUGGUGCCGAGUGUUAUGAGCUCCUAGUCAACUUAUGUACACCGGAUAAACCUACUUCAAAAACAUUCGCCGAACUAACUACCAUUUUAGAAAAACAUCUGCAACCGAAACCCAGUGUUCUUGCAGAACGUUAUAAAUUUAGGCAUAGAAAACAAGGAGACAGUGAAUCGAUGUCUAAUUACGUGGCAGUUUUGAAAAGAAUGUCUAAGACGUGUGAUUUUGGGGCGUGGCUCGAAGAAAGUUUAAGGGAUCAGUUUGUAUGUGGAAUUCACAGCGAGACCAUUCGACAAAGGCUUUUUGCUGAAGAUAAGCUAGAUUUCACUAAAGCUUUUAAUCUGGCAGUUAGUAUGGAAGCGGCUGAGAAGGACGCCGCUAUGGUCGAGGGGUCGCGAAAGCCUGCUAGCGACGGGACAAGUGCGGCGGCGUCUUGUCAAGCGAUAUCGGCGAGUUCGUCACGACGCAGGAGCGAGGCGGCGCGGGGAGCAUGGCAACCGCGGGGCGCAGAGCGAGGCGCCAGCGCUGGUCGUGGUGCUCGCGCCAGCGGCUGGCAGGCGGCGGCGUCGGCGGGAAAACGGCGUGACACACACUGUAACGCUUGCGGCGGGACGCACGGCACGGAAACCUGCCGAUUUACCCGUUACGUGUGCAAGGUGUGCAACAAGCAGGGACACUUACAGCGGGUGUGUCCAUUAAUGGUGGAUACUCACAGCGUGGACGUGAUGAACAUGGCCAGUCAGCGGGAAACAUAUAGUGAGAACAGUGACAUGAGUGACGAGGUAAUUAUCAUACAUGUUAAUAACUUAAGGGCAGAGGAUUACAAACCCAUUUUUAUGAAAAUAAUUGUGCAGGGCAUUGACCUUGACAUGGAAUGUGAUACAGGCAGUGCGAUAUCAUGCGUUAGCAAAAAAGUUUACGAACAGUUGUUUUCUCAGUUAAUACUAGAGGAUAGUAAUGUUAGAUUACGUUAUUAUACUGGAGAGCUUGUAAAACCGGUGGGUGUAGUGAAACCACUGGUAAAAUAUAAAGAUAGGCAGGAAUAUUUGGAGAUGUAUGUAAUCGAAAAUGCUAAAUCCAUAUUGAUAGGUAGACAAUGGCUGGCGGAAUUAAAUAUACCAAUACCUACGCCAUGCAGACCGCGCAGUGUGAAUAGUACUGAGGUAAAUGACAAUGAGUUUAACUUGGCGCAUUUCAGUUCCAGAUUUUGUGACGUGUUCGCGGAUGGUCUGGGGCGGUUUACCGGCGGUCGCGUGAGCAUCCACCUGCGGGAAGGGGCGCGGCCGGUGUUCCUGCGCGCGCGGCCCCUGGCGUACGCGCUGCGCGCGCCGGUGGAGCGCGCGCUGGAGCAGCUGGUGCGCGACGGCGUACUCACCCCCGUCGACCGCUCCGACUGGGCUACCCCCAUAUAG